CAAGCCCGGCUGGGCGGUGCUGCCUCUCUGCCGCGCUCUGCUUGCUCCUGAGCUGGAACAGUGCAGGCGGAGCCCUUGGGAAGCGAUGGACGUAAGCGGUCCUUUCAACUGUCCCAUCUGCCUAGAGCGACUUCGGGAGCCCGUGACGCUGCCCUGCGGCCACAACUUCUGCCUCUCCUGUCUGGAAGCCCUCUGGCCACAUCGUGGGCCCGGGGGAGCCGGGGGCCCCGGGAACACUGCCCGCUGCCCCCUGUGCCAAGAGCCCUUCCCCGACGGGCUGCAGCUGCGUAAGAAUCACACUCUGUGCGAACUGCUGCAGCUUCGCCAGUCUGGUCCCGGCCAGACUCCAGCUACUGCCCCGGCCCCAAAUCAAGCCCCAGCCCUGGAGCCCUCGGCUCCCUGCGCCCCAGAGCCUUGGCCCGAGGGCGAGGAGCCAGUGCGCUGUGACGCGUGCCCCGAGGGUGCGGCCCUUCCCGCGGCGAAAUCUUGCCUCUCGUGUCUGGCCUCUUUCUGUACCGCCCACCUGAGGCCCCACGAGCGUAGCCCAGCCCUGCGUGGCCAUCGCCUGGUGCCCCCCUUGCGCCGGCUCGAGGAGAGUCUUUGUGCUCGACACCUGCGGCCUCUGGAGCGCUACUGCCGAACGGAGCGAGUUUGUGUGUGCGAUGUCUGCGCGGACCAGGAACACCAUGGCCACGAGCUACUUUCUCUGGAGCAAGAACGGGCUCUCCAAGAGGCUGAGAGCCCCCAGGUCCUGAGCGCAGCGGAGGACCGCCUGGAUGAGCUGGGUGCUAGUAUUGCACAAUCUAGGAGGACUGUGGCCCUCAUAAAGAGCGCAGCACUGACAGAACGGGAGAAGGUGAGCCAGUUGUUCACUGAGGCAAUAGGUACCCUCCAGGGCUUCCAGUCCGAAGUGAUGGGCUUCAUCGCUGAAGGUGAGGCUGCCAUGCUGGGUCGGGCGCAGGGAGAGCUGCGACAACAGGAGGAGCAGAGAGCCCGCCUGAGCUCGGCCCGACAGAACCUGAAUCAGGGCCCUGAAAUCGACUCCAUUAGCUUCCUGCAGGAACUUCUGGCGCUGAAGUUGGCCCUGGAGGAAGGGGGUGGCCUUGGGUCAGGCCCCCCAAAAGAACUGAGUUUCACCAAAUCAUCCCAAGCCGUGAAAGCUGUUCGAGACCUCCUGACUUUGGCCUGUGCUAACCAGUGGGAGUUUCUACAGGGAAUGGGCAGGGAUACGGACAACUCCCCGAAGCUGGGUUCGGAAGCUGAUGCAGAAUCUCAAGAUCCUGACAGCACCAAUGGGCUAGAAUGUGAGGAGUCAAGGGACUACUUCCUUAAAUUUGCCUUCAUCGUAGACCUGGACAGUGACACGGCAGAUAAGUUCCUGCAGCUCUUUGGGACAAAGGGCGUGAAGAGGGUCCUGUGCCCCAUCAGCUACCCGGAGUCUCCCAUGCGCUUCACCCACUGUGAACAAGUGCUGGGAGAGGGCAUCCUGGACCGAGGCACGUACUACUGGGAAGUGGAGAUCAUCGAGGGCUGGGUCAGCGUGGGGGUCAUGGCGGAGGACUUCUCCCCCCGGGAACCCUACGACCGAGGCCGGCUGGGCCGAAAUGCCCACUCCUGCUGCCUGCAGUGGAAUGGCCGGAACUUUUCUGUCUGGUUUUAUGGGCUGGAGGCAUCCCUUCCUCACUCCUUCUGCCCCACAGUGGGGGUCUGCCUGGAAUACGCUGACCGGGCGCUGGCUUUCUAUGCUGUGAAGGAAGGGAAAGUGAGCCUCUUGCACAAGCUUCGAGCCUCUAAGCCUCGCCGGGGCGGGUCCCCCAGUUCCCCCCUGACCCCCUUCCAAAGCAGGCUGGACAGUCACUUCCCCAACCUAUUCACCCACAGGCUCAAGCCUGCCUUCUUUCUGGAGAGUGUGGAUGCCCAUCUGCAGAUUGGGCCCCUCAAGAAGUCAUGCAUCUCUGUACUAAAGAGGAGGUGAUGCUGGGAAGGAGGGACUCCCCUCCUCCUUUCAUUCCCACAGCACUCCCUGGUGAGAGAUACUCCAGGAAAGUUGCCAACUUCAUAUUUAAAAUACAGCCUACCCCAUUCCCCAUCUCUGGUUCCAAGCUUCCAAGGGAACCUCUGUCUUUACUCUCCCUCUUUCCCUCACCGCCUCCACUGACCAUCUCCCUUUUGGCUGGCUAGCAUCAGACACCCAUGUGGCUUCUAGACAUGGCUCCUGCCAGGCAGAGCCGAGGCCAGAAGGAAUUAGCUAGCCUGCCAAGCCUUAUCUAGCUCUCCAAAGUGACCUUGUCUACCCUCAUCCCUUAUCACCAUGGGAGUCUCCAGCCCAGGCCAGAGCUGACCCUGAGAGAACCUUCCUUGUCAAAUUCCUUUCCACUCUUCCUCUUCCCUCCCCACGAUAACAUGCCCGACUCCCACGAACUCUUGUCUUUGUUGCUAUUGCCAUCUGCCUUCCCCAUUGGAAUCUUGAUCAAGCCAACCAACCCCACGCUGUGCCUGGGAGGAAGGAAGAGGGAGGGGACAGAGCUGAGCCCUAAUCUGAUUAGCCUGCCCAGAGAGCAAGAAAGAGAUAGAGGGCUACGGCCCCAAAAUGUCCCAUCAGGAACAUAAGGGACCUGGCAAAGGGAGGGGAAAAUUUCUCUGCCGUCCCACCUGCCUCUGUUCUCUCCAGCUGCAGUUCUGGGCAGGAGCAGCCAGAGGUAACCCCCCUGCUGCCCCCCACCCUGGACCUGACCACAGCCAUCCAGGCUGGGCACCCAGAGUAUUUGCUUUGGAAGGAUUCGGUUCCCACCAGUUAUUUUCAUCCCUUGUUGCUGUCACAUAAUUCCGAACCUUUCUCUUGGCUUUGCCCAAAAUCAAACACAGACGCCCUUCUCAACGGGCCUCUGGAGACUGCGUCAUCCUGGAACUGGGGAAGGAGUCAGCUCCACUGUGGCGAAUGUGCCCCAAGGGCUGGGACACAGACUGCUGCUCUGACUGGCACAACUUCCCAAGGAAAAUCAAAUGCUAAGACAAACUGUGUAUCAGUAGCAAAGUGUAUCUACAAUAAAGGGAAGUACCUA